AUGUCCAGACCUUUUGGAGUUGCUAUGCUAUUUGCGGGUGUAGAUCAAGAUGGCUCAAAAUUGUUUCACCUGGAUCCAAAGUUGACAUUCUUUUCAAAAAUCAGUGAAGAAACGGUAUUCUUGUAUCCACUGCUUUUGGCGACCAGAGCCAGGUCAAUUGGUGCUGCAAGCGAUGGUGCUGAGCAAAGUUUGAAGGAGCAAUAUCAUGACAACAUGUCACUGAAAGAAGCUCUGAAGGUUGCAUUGGCAAUCCUGAAGCAAGUUAUGGAAGAGAAACUGAAUAGUGCCAAUGUUGAAGUUGUAGUCAUAAAACCUGUGAAGGAUUCAAAAGGUGAGUUUCACUAUUCUUGUUAGUG